AAAUUCCUGGGCGUUUGAACCCUCACCCCCUGGAAUUUCCAAUCCCCUCAAUGGGGGGUGGGGGGUAUGGAUAUUUUCUGGAACUAAACAAUGGAUGCAAGCUAAGCAUUUGUUUUUAUUUUAAUUGCUCUAUAGAAAAUAAACGCUUUGUCGCAAUCACAUUAAAAAAUAAUUGGACGAGCGAGACUUUUAGACUUACGGAGUCUGUUGCCAACUAUUCAAGACAAUUAACCAAUCAACCUUGCUUUUAAGUUAAAACUGCAUUAAAAAAUUAAGAUAGCAAACCAGGAGAGUAUCUUGCGCAAACUUAACCUUAAUUUUCUUUUUACCAUACCAACCCUUAAGCACCCUUACAGACUCAAUAAAUGUAUGUUAUUGAAGGAUUUACAUCAUUCUGCAGAUCUGUUUAUUUGUCCAAGAUGGACACAAUACUAUGGGUAUUCUCGUGUUGUAUUCGAGUACCUGUUCUGUCCCUCAAUUGAGUUAUGGAUUGCCAAUGAUUUUGAGCACCUGUCUUGAAGUAGAGUGUCCAAACUGCAGAGAAGUCUCGAGAAUUACGGCAUAAUCACAGUCUAUUUCACCACGUUAUGUAUGCCGAAGAGCUCCUGCGAAAUAGUGACCUUUCAAAUUUGGAAAUAAGAUAAAUUCGGAAUGAUCGACAAGAGAGUGAUUCUGCGGAGAUGUAAAAACAACUCUUUUCGGGGAACAUUUGUCCCUUAAUUACUUGAAUCGUCUCAAGAGCUCUACCAGCCUUCGGCACCUAAAGAUACUGAAAAGAAGCGCAACUUCCGUCUGUGCUUGUUGACUGACUGAGCUGAUAGAAAUUGCAGAGGGUUUUUACUGGUGAGCAUUUAGAGGUAGAGAAAUAGUUACUGGUACAAUCUGUCUUUUACAGUAUAUCCAAUGUAAUGCACCGGAAAGGAAGUGACCAAUUUCAUCCGCUAUAUACUUGAUGUGUUGCAUACGGUGACUGGACAGAUACAGAAAAGAAGAACUGGUCAAUCGAAAUUAUCCGUACAGGCAACAUCAACUACACUUAGAGGAAGGCGGUGACAUCAAUCAAGGGAGUACUUGGCUGAAAUUGCAGGAUGCUUUCAAGAAAAAAAUACACACUGAAUUGCACGCCUCCCUUGGAAUCGAUCUCAGAAGAGACAACAUCAGUAAACUCGGAAGCCCUUCUGACAUCAACUGGAUCCAUCUUCUUCCGCCAAGCUGAUGUUAUCGGUGAGGAGGGGGGCGAAGGCCGGUCGGUGCGGUGGCGGAAGGUAGUAGCUGCAGUUCUGAUCCUGGUGGUAGGCUUAAGCCUCUUCUCUCUGGCCGUAUUUUUCCUCCAUCAGGCGAUAAUAAGAGGACGAAGCAACAGUGCAAGUCAUGGCGGUAACAGCUUGGAUAAGAAGUGCACUGUUACGUCGGAGGCCCGCCCAACAAUGACUACCUUGAAGAAAUCUCGUUCCACUUCAAGGCAGCCGACCACUGUUUCAGCAGUAGCUAAUACUGUAACUCAUGGUUAUUUACCAGCUCCAUCUGCGAGUUAUUUGCCCGCUUCUUCUGCGGGUUAUUUGCCCGCUCCAUCUGCGAGUUAUUUGCCCGCUUCUUCUGCGGGUUAUUUGCCCGCUCCAUCUGCGAGUUAUUUGCCCGCUCCAUCUGCGAGUUAUUUGCCCGCUCCAUCUGCGAGUUAUUUGCCCGCUCCAUCUGCGAGUUAUUUGCCCGCUCCAUCUGCGAGUUAUUUGCCCGCUCCGUCUGCGAGUUAUUUGCCCGCUCCAUCUGCGAGUUAUUUGCCCGCUCCAUCUGCGAGUUAUUUGCCCGCUCCGUCUGCGAGUUAUUUGCCCGCUUCUUCUGCGGGUUAUUUGCCCGCUCCAUCUGCGAGUUAUUUGCCCGCUCCAUCUGCGAGUUAUUUGCCCGCUCCGUCUGCGAGUUAUUUGCCCGCUCCAUCUGCGGGUUAUUUGCCCGCUCCAUCUGCGAGUUAUUUGCCCGCUUCUUCUGCGGGUUAUUUGCCCGUUUUCAGCCUCUCAACCAGUUCAUGUACCGAUACCUCAGGUAAUUACGUAUGAACCGUAAUAUUCUUCUCAUUGUACUUCCACGUUCUGUAUUCCAUGCUAAAAAGAUGUGUUUGAUUUCAAAGUUUAAAACAAUAUCAUUAAAUUGUAUCAUUAAAUAAAUAUUUUGCAGUUAACUAUUGCACAUUUAAGGAAACAUUCUUAAACCUUUUAAAAAAAUGUAGUUAAGUUAUCUUUUCUGCUUUUUCUUUUAUAGAGCUUCUUUUUACUCCACCUAUAUCAAAAACACCACUCUACAUCUCGACGAAAUCUACAAAAAUCCAGAGCAAAAUGUCUUCACCCUCCAGAAUUCUUAAUCCUGAAAUAUCCGGUUUUUCGAGAAACAACAUUCUGACGUCAUCUAUGUCACUAGGGGCAACCUUGGUAGGUGUGUUGUCUUCAGAAGCAAGUGAGGUUUCUGUAUUUAUUACUUUGCCAUUAGCACUGGAAACUCAUUCUCUGACGUCACAUGUCAGCGUAAGCUACCAGCAAACUAUGGAUGACCCGAUAACUAGUGACUCGAGAAAGAUGGAGAAGGCGACAUCUUUAGACAAUACUCAUUUGGCGACGGAAUAUCUGGACAAACCCCUGUUAGAAGCAGGCAAUUACACCCAAGCUAAUACAGGAGAUGUAACCUCUGUUAGCCUUGAUUGGGGAAGACCUGGCACGUCUCAAGUUGAUGUAUCCAACAAUCAUCCCUCAAUGACGUCAUACGCACUUUUUGGCUCUGCAGCAGCGUCACCCUGGUCACAAGACUUCGGUACUUCAUCUGAGUACUGGCUCAUGGCAUCUCAAGCGCAACACCUGAGCGAAUCCACACUCGUUCGUGGAAGGGGUGAUAUUUUGAUCUCUCCAAGUUAUCCCUCUGCUCUGCUGGAGACAACAACUUUGAUAACUUCCAAUCAGCUGUUUAAUACAUUCAUAGAGUCUUCUACUCGUAAGCGUAUCGUAUCAGUCAAUAGACAAUUAACAUCUUUAUACGGCAGUCCUCUCCAUAACACCAAGGACAUGAUGUCGCAACCUCUUUCUGUCAGCAGAAAAGGACUCUCGUACAUAACAGCGCACGGACUAAUAACCUCUUCUUUGCCUUUAUAUGGCAAGUACGACAACCCAUUCCACACCAGCGAAGGCUCGUCGUCGACACCCAUGCAUAUUAACAGUUCUGUUAAACCUUCGUCUUUAUCAGUAGCUUUCAAGCAGUCUGUUACGCCGGGCGUUGACAAGAGUUAUUCUGCACCGAGAUCGGGAAAUAUAUCACUGGCUUUAAACUUGGCAUCUUCUAGAACUAGUCCCCUUAUAAUUGACGUCAGGACAAACACUGCAAGCCCAGUGGUAUCGCAUCGUGAUGCUCAAUUAUCCUCUCUCCGUGUGACCAUGUCCUCUGAUAUCUUCAUCAGUCAAGUCUUGGUGGAGCGAUACCCUACUGUGCUGUCAAUAGUUACAAGCUCUAGUAUCGGCGAUCGGCUCUUGGACUUCGUUGACUCAAAAGACAGUCAGGUCACGUAUUCAUCCAUGUUCUGGAGCGCACAUAUGAGUGGAGGUUCUACCAUGGCCACGCCCAGCUUGACCUCACUUCCUCCAUCGACUGCCAUCGAUCAGACUUCAGCUAUUCCAUUUUCAGAAUCUGAAAAUAGAAAGACAAUUGAAGAUGAGGACGUCCGCACGUUUAUCACAUCGAUAACCAGUAUUGAGAAUCAAUACUCAGCGAGGCUGGAAGACAGGGACCAAAGUUUAUCGUCCAAUUUGAGUGAUGUAAUGAUUUUAUCGUUACAAAGUGUGACUACGAAUGAAGAAAAUCGAUCAAAGACAACCUCAAGUCCAUUUGGUUUAAAGAGUCCCGUCUCAUAUUCUUUACAGAGGUACAAAGAUUCAACCAAUAAACGUCAAGGUUUGGAGAACAUUUUAAACACCGAGAUUGACAGUCAGGUCAUUUUACUCCAAACGACGACAUCUGCGAACUUGAAGAGUGACAUGGCGAGUUGGAGCAGAGGAUCAAAAGCGAUAUUAGAAACUAUGAUGCCAGAUGCACUCAUACCUGCAGUACUUUCAAAGCAAUCAUUACUCUAUUCAAUGAAGCCCUCAACUGUUGAUGAAAUCGGUGCUCAACCAGUAAUGACUGCAACGCCAUCAUGUACUUCUCCAUUAGUCUCUAAAUCUCAAGGACGACUGAACGAUAGCAAAGAAAUUACACGUUUUGGUUCUAUAGUGAUGACGUCAACAUAUACACGCGUUUCAACUAACGGUCUGCAGAGUAUAAAAACAUACGAGGACGGUGCAAGCCAUGUAUCGUUCGACUCGGAGGAGCUGAGCGGCGCUGCAACAUCCGUGAUCAAACCGACGACCUCGUUACUAGCCAACCACACUUCUAUUAAAAAACACAGUGCUGUAGUACCAGAAACACGACAAAUAACUGAGCCCACCAAGCACAGCUCGACAAUAGCUCCACAAUCUGUAUUUUUAUUGUCAAAUACCGCAGAAAAAUAUACAAUCUUAGAUUUCGAAACGCUAAGUUUGAAAGUGUCUUCGCCUAUGUUAAGCCUCAAGUCAGAGCUACAGAUAUCAACAGCGAUGUCUCCGAUGAUGUACUCACCAAGCCUUGGGCAUACCAGAAACACGAUGAAAGAGCUUAUCUCGAAAACUACCACCAGUGAUAGUACUCAAAAAGCCACCAACCCUUUGCAGAUAAUCAAUCUGACGAAGCUUGACAUAGGAACAACACAGUCCACUUCUGAUAUCAUUUAUGUGUCAACCACAAAUAGCCCCGUCAACUCAAUCCUCUUUUGGCUCACUACCACUACUGUCUCAUACCCCUCCUUGCACAAAUCACGCACACCGUCUUUACCCUCCUUGUUCUCGUCCUUCCACAAAGCCCGUACAACGUCUUUACCCUCCGUGUUCUCCUCCUUCCACAAAUCCCGCACAACGUCUUUACCCUCCUUGUUCUCCUCCUUCCACAAAUCCCGCACACCGUCUUUACCCUCCUUGUUCUCCUCCUUCCACAAAUCCCACACACCGUCUUUACCCUCGUUGUUCUCUUCCUUCCACAAAUCACGCACACCGUCUUUACUCUCCUUGUUCUCGUCCCUCCACAAAGCCCGCACCACGUCUUUACCCUCCUUGUUCUCCUCCUUGCCCCACCCACCCCCCUCCCUUCUACCAUCUCGCGUCUUCUCUCCACCCUUCUCUUCAUUCCCAACCUUUUCAUCGCCCAUUUCGUUGUCUUCAUUCUCCUCCUUUAUAUCCCAUACCCCCUACAUCACACCCCCCUCGUCCUCAAUGUCGUCAGGUUCCUCUCAACAAACUUCGAUUCCGACCGUUCAGUACACUCGCAUUGACGGCUCCCUAAAGCUAACCAACGUCGAGUUUCAUCCCAACCUGACCAAUACAGCAAACGUCAUGUUUAAAACCUUAGCCGAAGACGUCGAGCGCACUAUCGCUGCAAUUUACUCGUCAAGUUUUAUUCCAGCUCAAGAGGUCAAAGUGGAAUCCUUCGAGAAAGGCAGUGUAGUGGUGUACUUCUAUGUAAUGCUUGAUUCCAGAGUAGCAGGUUAUUACAGUUCAGAGAAGCUGACCUCAGUACUACGCAUGUCAAAUGCUACCAUGUGGCGUGGUUACAGAGUCAGUGACGUCACGAUGGUAGAGCGAGCCGCGAAGCCACAGUCAGCGAAAAGGGAGUCCAGCGGCGUUGAUGAUGGGGUGACGAUCGCAAUUGUGUUGGGGUUUAUUUGUUCUGCCGUCCUGCUGUGUAUCGUGAUCUACAUGUUGUGCUCCCACAAGAAGAGACUUCGGAAAGGAAAAGUUUUACCUGUUAGCACUAAUGAUUAUGGCAAGGACGAGACAAAAGUUCCUCGAUCUCAGAACGCAUGGAUUCAUGAGCCUCAAUUUGUUGAAAACGAGUCAGCGGGUGAAUGGAUCACCUUGGCAACGAAAGGCAACUAUGCACAAGAAGAAAUUCAAGAUCCCACUAAAGACAACCGCUUGGCCCUAGAAAAGGAUCAUAAGGACACAUACUCGACCCUAGCAACGUAUCCUGGAAACUCUCAGUCAACUCUAGAAGAGGAUUAUGUGAGCUCUGACCCGACUGCAGCAGCAAGUCAUACGAACGCUAGAGUGACAUUAGAUAUGAGUCAUACUGCGCCAGUUGAAGAAGUCAUCACUGCGACUAGAGAGCAACACCACUAUAACGCGAAUGAUAUCGACUUUGACCAAAUGUUCGCGCCAUCAGCAAAACUCGUGACAUUCUUGGAGGAGACCGAAAGCCCAUCAUUAAAAGAUGGGCAAGUGAGAGCCUCUAUCUCUGAUCAUGUGAUGCCCAUUAAACCGAUCCAGGCGUGGUUUGAUGUAGUUCCCCUGGGUCAAAUGGGGUCGCAACCCUCAGAAGAACAAGUUUCAGUUACAGACCUCGAACAGAAGGUGGGCAUUGAACGGAAACUGAAUAAGCUGAGGCAACGAGAGAUAAUUCGCAGAGAAUCGCAGAGGCAAGCUCUAGCUGAACAGAAGGCAACCCCGCUGUACUAAUGAUUUUCUAUCACAUAUACGAUACUUUGGGGCUAGGGACAGUAUACUUCAUAGAGAGAACUUCCACAGGGAUACACCUUGAAAACAAACUUUACGCGAACGGUUGAAACAUAACACAGCAAAUUUGAAUUCCGAGGUCAAAUUGCUGCUGCGAUUAUUAUGAUUUUUUGGCCCUUUGUUAUUCUGUUGUGGCUUCUGCCCACAAUAUGAUUCACUAAAAUUAAAGAUGAUCCUUUAGGGACCACCUUGCCUGAUCUUUUCUAUUAUAUUUGUCAUUUUCGUUGAAUUGUUUGCGCUAGUACGUUAGGGAUUCGCGGUCCCUUGACUUGAAAACUAGUUUGUUGAGAAGAAUUGUUGUAAAAUGUCCAGCAAAAUGUGCAGAUCUCGAAAACAUGUGGUAAUCUCAUGACGAUUGAGUAAACACUAUUUGAGAAAUGACUGACAUCGGAAAGCGAUAGCUGAAAAGAACUGUCAGCAGAUUUGCCUGUAACCUCGGUUGCGUACGCUCAACCAUGCCUCCUGGAAUGGUUCAGCUCAACGGAACCUACGGAUCCUUUGUAAUUGCCGGUACAUAAGUGGCUAUUUGGAGCGUGUUCACACACACUUUAAAUCUAACCUAGGUUGGGUAGUUACUCAACCUAGGUUGGACACUCAAGUGUAAACACAGCAUUAGUGUCCUAGAUACUGACUCUAACCCUAUUGAUGGCUACACGAAGUAGCCAUCAAUUCUACUAUGUCCGCUGGAUAUACGGACUAGGGACGCGGAACAGUGUGAGCCUCGGUUUAGGACAAAUUCAAGAGCAUAUCAGCGAGAACUACUUGGAGCUUAAAAUAAAACAAUAAAAAAAACCUUUUUAACUCCUCAUGUCUUUCACGCAACGCUCCCAUCCCCACUGAAUGGGAGCGUUGCGUGACCGACACAAAGAACGCCUGCGCGUGAGACUACCUCAAACCGAGGCUAGUACUCCCCCAGUGCCCUAAUACGCCAGUAACCCUCGAAUGGACAAGCUCAAAACAACGGUGUAAAGAAGUAAAAUUUAGGCAUGUUGUCUUUUAUUCAUAUUCUCUUGAUUUACAUAUAAAUUUGUUCUAUAAGGAUGAUCUUUACAUCUUGUACUAAAAAUUAUAUUAAUUUAUAGCGAUUUCAUAAGCAUGUACAAUCAAAGCUAAUAUUAAUACUAUUUACUCAAAUAGCUUAAUUAGAACCUUGUAUAUAUUUUCCUAGAAAACUAUAUUUACUGUACAAAUGAACCUUUCACUUUAUCAUACAAAAAUAGACUUUUUAACAUUCCAAGAGUAUACCAGUAAAACAUAAACAGUAGUGCAGUCUUAAUUUACAAUGAAAUGCAGUAGAAAAGGACGGAUAACGGAGUUACUUUAAUUUCUUGAAAAUAUCAUAAUUUAGAAAUAGAAGUCUGAUUAUGUGCAUAUGUAAUACGGAGUAAAGCACGACAAACAAACGUGCCUGAUAGCGUGUUAAACAUACAUACAACUUUUGCUAUGAUGAAAUACAAUUUAUUACAUAUCGCAAA